AUCUUGUCACGUGACCCAACUUUCACCCAGGAUGUCUACCGUCUGACUUCCUCUUAGCAACGGAGCGGCGGCUCUUGGUUCCCCUAGCAACCAGGGGAAGCGUCUGCUGCGCAAAAGCAGCAGGUAGCCUGCGGUUGAAAAGGGGCUAUAUUUUUCAGAUCCAGUUGAUCCCAAUUGUUGUUUCCCAGGACAAUUCUUGAUCUGUUUCUCUGUGAGAAGGCUAUUCUGUGGACAGUGGUGUAUUCUCCAACUCCUGCCAGUGGUCUUCGCCAACAAAACUAUCAUCAGAGAUGAUGAACCGGCUGUACAACUCAUUAGAACCAAGAGUGAUGGAUGACGACAUGCUCAAGCUGGCUGUUGGGGAGCAGGGCCCACAGGAGGAGGCUGGGCAGCUAGCCAAGCAGGAGGGCAUCCUUUUCAAGGAUGUCCUCUCCCUGCAGCUGGACUUUCAGAACAUCCUCCGCAUUGACAACCUUUGGCAGUUUGAGAACUUGAGGAAGCUGCAGCUCGACAACAACAUCAUUGAGAGGAUCGAGGGCCUGGAGAACCUCACACACCUGGUCUGGCUAGACCUAUCCUUCAACAACAUCGAGGCCAUUGAGGGGCUGGACACAUUGGUAAACCUGGAGGACUUGAGCUUAUUCAACAACCGGAUCUCCAAGAUCGACUCUCUGGAUGCCCUGGUCAAGCUGCAGGUGCUGUCACUGGGCAACAACCAGAUCAGCAACAUGAUGAAUAUCAUCUACCUGCGGCGGUUCAAGGACUUGCGGUCACUCGGCCUCUCUGGGAACCCCAUGGCUGAGACAGAGGAUUACAGGAUGUUCAUCUGGGCCUACCUUCCUGACCUCGUGUACCUGGACUCCCGGCGCAUUGACGAGCACAUGAAAGAGCAAGCGGAGAUUAAGCACCAGUACAGUAUUGAUGAGCUGAAGCACCGGGAGAACUUGAUUCGGACCCGGCUGGAGGAUGAGCAGUCCUGGCAGAAGAAGCUGGAGGACCACAAGGCUGCAUUUGUUGAGCAUCUGAAUGGCUCCUUCCUGUUUGACAGCAUGUACACCGAGGAUGUGGAGGGCAACAAGCUGGCCUGCCUGCCCAGCGUUGGUGAGCUUCUUGAGGCCUACAAGGACAAAUUUGUCAUCAUUUGCCUGAACAUUUUUGAGUAUGGACUGAAACAGCAUGAAAAGCGGAAAGCAGAGCUUGAAACCUUCAAUGAAUGUGUCCACGAGGCCAUCCAGGAAAACCAGGAGCAGGGAAAACAGAGGAUUGCCAAGUUUGAGGAGAAGCACUUGCUGAGUUUAAGUGCUAUACGUGAUGAGUCUGAACUGACCAACGUUGAGAUGAAGAUAGUGGAAUACAGUGAGGACAUCACUGAGCUGUACAACGGGCUCAUGACGCUGGAGAUGCAGUUGGUAGAGCAGCUCGAGGAGACUAUAAACUUGUUUGAAAGGAACAUCAUUGAUUUGGUGGGAUUCUUUAUUGAAAAUGUGCAAAGCCUAAUGGCUCAGUGUCGGGACCUGGAGACCCACCACCACGAGAAGCUCCUGGAGAUCUCCAUCAAUACCCUUGAAAAGAUAGUCAAGGGUGAGCUGGAUGAGGACCUGCCUGAGGACGUACGGGCGCUUUUUGUGGACAAAGACACAAUUGUUAACGCUGUUGGGGCAUCGCAUGACAUCCACCUCCUGAAGAUUGACAAUCGAGAAGAUGAGCUGGUGACCAGGAUCAACUCUUGGUGUACACAUUUAGUGGACAAGAUUCACAAGGAUGAGAUCAUAAGGAACCGCAAGCGAGUGAAGGAGAUCAAUCAAUAUAUCGACCACAUGCAGAAUGAACUGGACAACCUGGAUAGCAGCGACAUUAUAGAUUAGGGGUGUGUCAGCACAGAGGGUUCUUUUUGAAAGUACAGCACUCAGCCCUGACCAGGAUAGUGCCUGUUUCACUGACUGCCUCGGAAGUUACUGGAGACUUCUCAACCUAUAACCCUCAUAAUGCCAUUCUUCCCCCAUCCCUGGAAAAACUUCCAAAUGUAGAGAAAAAUAAAGGACUUACGUCA